AUGCCCCGCCACCACCACCACCGUCUAUCCCCCGCGCCGGCACCGGAUCCCGCCGUCCUAUGGUGGGGCGUACGGUCGCCGUCUCCCUCCUCAUCCCCAGCCGAAGUACGCCAGACGCCACCGCAGUGGGCGGCGACGGUGUCGAACUCAUCCUCCUCUCCACCGUCGAAGCUGCCGGUCGACUUCAGCCCGCCGCUAAUAGCCAUGGUCGUCAUCAUAGCCACCGCCUUCGUCAUCAUCACUUACUCCCGCCUCCUCUCCCGCCGCCUGAUCCACGCAUACCGCCGCUACCGCCGGUGGCGUCGCCGCCGACGACGCUACGUCCCCUCCACGUCCGCCGGCGAAGUCGAUUCUCCGCCUUACCCCUUCGAUCCAGUCGAUGCCUUCCGCGUCCUCUCCCCCUACGGCCUCGACGAGGCCGUCAUCAAGGCCAUCCCCCUGUCCAUCUUCACCCGCAAGGGCUGCGGCGGCGGCCUCCUCCACGACUGCGCCGUGUGCCUUCUGGAGUUCGAGGACGACGACUACGUCCGCACUCUGCCGGCCUGCGCCCACGCCUUCCACGUUGACUGCAUCGACAUAUGGCUCCGUUCCCACGCCAACUGCCCCCUUUGCCGCGCCGGAAUAUUCCGUCACGAUUCCCCCUUCACUCCGUUAAUGGCCGCUAGAAUCAGACCCAGCCUCGACGACAUACUCGCCGAGGGCCGGAAUUUGGGAUCGGAGCGGUUAGUCCUCGAACCGGUAACCGCCUCUCCGUGGCGCUACCGCCGCGGCGGCGGCGGCCUGUGGAGCAAGCGGCCGUCUCCGUUCAGCUCGCUGACAAAGCCUCGUGUCUUCUCGUUCCGGUACUACAGAGGCAUGAAAUCGCCGUUCUUCCGGCGGCGGAGCAUCAGCGGGUUUUUCCCCCUUUCCGAAUCGAGCGCGCGGCACGGCCUGUCCGCCGCCUCCGGCGGCGGCAGCUCGUCGCGGCGGACGAAGUCCUUCGCCAGCCCAAUGUUCAUGCGGCCGUCGGCCGGGGCGGCGGGGCCCGCGCUCUUCUCGUCGAGCCGGCUGAGGAGCGGAGACCCAGAGGCGUUGUUGUCCCCGGAGAGGUUCAACAGACGGUGA